AUGUCCCAACUUCAAUCGAUGUUGAACUCGCUCGGUCAUAGGGACCGGCAGACGACCAUUAGAAAGCAAGACCGCUUGCCUCAUUACCUUGAAAAAGGCUUCCGCAGUCAGCCAUUCUAUCGUUCUCUUGACGAGCGGCAGAAAAAUGCGCUCCUUAGAGAAGCCGUAGAUGAGGGAAGGACGACGUUGCUUGUCGAUCGAAGCAGGCGGCCCAAAGAGCUUUCGGACCAACUCAUCAAAGAUUAUCUCAACCGGGAAAAGCAUCGAGCUUCUUCAUCUACUGCUCAAGAAGCAAACGAAACAACAUCCUCAACCACUACUCAACAAACGGCCAGCGGCUCAAGCACUGGGUCUACGGCUAGUCCUGGGUUUGGCCAUGGUAUCCUUUCAACAUUGCAUGCUCCUGUCGAUCCUUCUUCAUCGUCAUCUAGAAAUCCAGGCCUCAAGUACUUGGAGAGGAGUAUGCCUGGAAGCAAAACUGAAGAAUCGGUUGCAAAGGUGAUUACCGCCCUCCACAAAGCGACUGGUGGCAGCUGCAACCGUCCUGACAGUGGCUCGAAGAUGGCUCGUAACGAGGGCGACGAGAUAGUUGACAAAGAAUUACCACAACCUUCAAACGGAGGCUAUGAAGGUCUUACAGCUUGCAGAGAUUCUGUUGGACUUAAGAAUCAUGAUCUGUCCACAUCCCGUUCGUGGGCAAGUUCGUCUGAUGCUGUGGCCCCUCUGAAGCCAGCGAAGCCACAGUCCAAGGAACAGGGAUCACCCAAUCAAGGGAAGCCCAAAUCCUCAUCUGAUAAGGACUUGACUAUGGUUCUCUGGGAACCAUCAGAAUCAUCAAGCGGUCACCGAAGCCAGCAAAGCAAAAUCUCCUCUGACCACGGUACUGAUAGCGCGAGCUUUGCCCCGGCCUUAUCGAUUUCCACGCCUACAAGGCGUACGCAGCGUCUACGCUCAAGUUUGGCUAUGAGACGACACUGA